AUGCUAGAUCCAGCUAAUGAUUUGGUUCCACCACCAUCUUCACCCUCCAUCUCUUCCAUUUCUUCAUCUGAUCUUGACACUGAGUCCACAGGAUCAUUUUUUCAUGAUAGAAGCACAACGUUAGGGACUCUAAUGGGACUCAGUUUUCCGGCGAUUACAUUCAGAGUCCCAUCGCAGCACCGCGACUCACAUUCCGACGCCGGAGCCUGCAGCGCUGGAUCCAUUAGAAAUGCUUCUAACAGAAAGAAGAAAAGGACCUCUGCCGCCGUAUCGGUGGCCGCAGAACGGCGGAAAAAGUGGUGGCAGCUGUGUAGGGACAGCGACGCAAGGCCGGCUUCGCUAGGAGAUUUUUUGGAGGUGGAGCGGCGGUUUGGCGACGGGGCUUUUUAUGAAACGGCGGCGGAGCUUGAGGGAAUGGUGGCUGUAGCUGCCCAACCGAGGAACGGCGGGAGAGUGCUUUUUGCUGAUGGGAGGGUUCUUCCACCGGCUGAGGAUGUUGGUAACGGUGAAUCGCCGGCGGAGAGUCUUUGUAAUAGGUUUCCGGUGUCGCUGGCCGGAAUAUGCAGCGGCGGUGCUGGAUAG